AUGGGCCGUUUGGCGGUUCUGCUCGCUGCGGCGGCUGUCCUGGCACCGGCCGGGGCUUCUGCAGUGCCUCCUCACGACAUUUACUCUCGUGAUCUCCAAGAGUUCCCCCGGUCUCUCGAGAGCCGAGCUACCGAUCAGUCACCCAAGGGCUAUGCGCCCUCCCCAGUCGAUUGCCCCAGCACGCGUCCCCAGAUUCGCAUCGGCUCCCAGCUGAGUCCCCAGGAGAAGGAAUGGCUCCCUCGGAGACGCAAUGCGACCAUUGCGCCCAUCCGUGCCUUUCUGAACAAGGUCGCCAUCCCUGGCUUCAACAGCGACAGGUAUCUGUCCAAUGUUGAAAAGGACAGCACGGCGUUGCCCAACAUCGGCCUGGCCAUCUCUGGAGGUGGCUACCGAGCCAUGUUGAACGGAGCCGGAGCCAUUGCCGCCUGGGAUUCUCGGUCACCGGGUAGUAACGACACAGGCGCCCUGGGCGGUUUGCUACAGAGUGCAACCUAUCUCUCCGGCCUUUCUGGAGGUGGCUGGCUGGUGGGCAGCAUCUACACCAACAACUUCACCACCAUCCAGGAUGCGCUCAACUCGGAUACCAUCUGGCAGACGCAACACUCCAUUCUAAAAGGACCUGAGCAGUAUAGCUUGGUAGGCUACUACAAUGAAAUCUUCCAAGACGUUGAUGCCAAGGAUGAUGCUGGCUACGACCGUUCCAUCACCGAUUACUGGGGUCGCACGCUGUCAUAUCAGCUUGUUGAUGCUACCAAUGGCGGCCCUGGCUUCACAUUCUCUUCCAUUGCCGAUGAUCCCGACUUUAAAAACGCACAAACGCCUCUCCCUUUUCUUGUUGCAGACGGUCGUGCACCGGGUCAGAUCAUCAUCUCCAACAACUCUACCGUCUUCGACAUCAAUCCUUGGGAGAUGGGCUCAUCUGACCCAACCCUUAAUGGCUACGUGCCGCUCAAGUACGCCGGCUCCAGAUUCGCCAAUGGCACCUUGCCCAGGAACGAGAGCUGCAUGGUUGGCUUUGACAACGUCGGCUACAUCAUGGGCACUUCCAGUACCCUUUUCAACCAGAUUAUCCUCUAUCUCCAGGACGGCAACAGCACUCUUAUACCCGAGGGAAUCCCCGAUUUUGUCAUCAAGUUUGUGAGCGGCAUCUUGACUACGCUUGGCAACGAUAACAACGAUAUUGCGGACUGGACACCCAACCCCUUCAAGGGCUGGAACCCGGAGCGGAAUCCCGGCGCCGGCAGCGAGCGGCUGACGCUGGUUGAUGGUGGUGAGGAUCUGCAAAACAUCCCCUACCACCCUCACCUCCUGCAGGAGCGCAAGGUCGACGUCGUCUUCUCCGUCGACUCAUCGGCCGAUACCGACAACGCCUGGCCCGAUGGUGCCUCUCCCAUUGCCACGUAUGAGCGUGCCAUUGACAAGAUCUCCAACGGCACCGGCUUCCCCUACGUCCCCGGCAGGAACACGUUCCUCAACCUCGGCUUCAACACCAAGCCCGUCUUCUUUGGCUGCAACUCCACCAACGUGACGAGCGAAUCACCCCUGAUCGUCUAUCUGCCCAACUACCCCUACCAGUUCAACUCCAACUUUACCACCUUCACGAUGACGUACGAGCUGGACGAGCGUAACGCCGUCGUCACCAACGGCUGGGAUGUCGUCACCCAGGGCAACUCGACGCGCGACUCCAACUGGCCCGUGUGCGUCGGCUGCGCCAUGCUGUCCCGCAGCUUCGAGCGCACCAGGACCCCCGUGCCAGACGCCUGCAGCAAGUGCUUCCAGCAGUACUGCUGGAACGGCACCCUCGCAGAGCAUGAGCCGGCUGAGUACAACCCGACCAUUUUCGGCACGCCCAUUAAGAUUGAGAGCAUGGGCGCGAGAUCGGCUGGCAGUGCCACGAUGAUGACGGCGUUGGCGGCGGUGGUGUGUGCGGUUUUGCUCAUGUAA